GGCAGCAGACUGCGCUUGCCAUGACGCCGUGUGGGCAGGUGACGAUGCUGCUGUUUCUGCUGCUGGCCUGGGUGGCGCCGCUGCGGGCAGACCUCUCCACCCACAGGGUCGGCCUGCUGAUGCCACGCGUUGUACCGCCCCAACCGGAGACGUACUUCUGCACCUCGCUGAAGCUGGAGGAGGAUAAGGAUCUGUAUGUCGUGAGCUUCGAGCCAAACGCGACAAUGGAGACGGCUCACCACAUGCUGUUGUACGGCUGCGAGCUGCCCGGCCUGACGGAGGCCGUCUGGAACUGCGGAGACAUGGCCAACCGUGACCCGGCCAAGAGGACCGGCCCUGUCUGCCGCGGCCGAUCACAGGUGAUCUACGCGUGGGCGAAGAACGCACCCAAGCUCGUGCUGCCGAAAGGUGUUGCAUUCCACCUUGGGAAGAAUACAGAUGUGAAAUAUCUCACCUUGCAAGUUCAUUACGCGGACGUGUCAUUAUUCAAAGAUGGAAAAACAAAAGACGACUCUGGCGUGUUCCUCACAUACACCGAAACUCCGCAGCCCAAGUCGGCAGGCGUCCUUCUGAUGGGCACUGGCGGCUACAUCUUCCCGUACUCGCAGGCGCACAUGGAGACCGCCUGCGACAUCGCCGAGGACAAGCUCAUCCACCCAUUCGCCUUCCGCACGCACACGCACGCGCUAGGCGAGGUGGUGUCCGGCUGGCGUGUCCGCUACGCCGGCGGCCAGUACCAGUGGACGUUGAUUGGCAAGAUGAACCCGCAGCUGCCGCAGAUGUUCUACCCGGUGCUGGACAACGUCACGCUGAGCCGCGGUGAUGUCGUGGCCGCCAGGUGUACCAUGAGCAGCCACCGCGCCCGCGUCACCAAAGUCGGGGCGACGGCGCGAGACGAGAUGUGCAACUUCUACAUGAUGUACUGGACGGAGGGCACGCCACUGGCGCGCAGCAGCUGCUUCAGCUGGGGGCCGCCCUUCUCCUACUGGCACCGGCUGCCAAUGGGGCUGCUACGGCUCUUCUCCUACCCGUGGCUCUCGCAGAUCCCCGACGAGAACCGUGCCUCGACCAUCGACGGCGAGGAGCUCCGCUCCUACCUGUUCGGCCGCAUGCGCAACGACUAGCCGCUUGGCUGCCGGGUGUUCGAUAUGGGCGAAUUGUGCUUCUGCGGCCGAGUGACGCACGACGGAGGCUUGGCCUUGGGCCAGAACCUGAGUGGAGAUCGUGACAUUUUAACUGACAGGGAUGAGAGUCCGGUGUCUCAGUUUUGAUACUUUGCUGCCCUUGCGAUUUCUGGGUUAAUUGGCAACGAACACGUGCUUGGUAUCACAAAGCUGAGUGAACAGCCAGAGCUCUUGAACUGGUCGCAAGCAUUUCUUGACAUGUUACGAAUUGGAGUGAGCUUGCCCAUGCCGUGAAGUAUGCCAGUCAUAUUCGCAGCUUUUCACAGUGCUUCAUUGUACACAAGUGGAGGGCCAUUUAAGCUUAAGCUAAAUGUGACUUAAGUUUCAGGAAUAGGCUGUACAUUGGUUCUCCUUGUGGGCCGCCGUAAUCACAUGUCAGGCGGAUAGCAUCACGUGUGUUAAGCACGUGAGCCAAGCACAGUCGAAAACAACGCCGCGUUUCCUUUUAACGUGUGGAAAUGGCAGCGAUGCACCGCAUAGAUCUGCUUGUGAGGCAUGAAUAACAUGAUACAAAUGUAGUGUAAGCCAGUCCCUGCCAUUCUCGCCGAGGUGUGACGACAUCAAGGCGCUGGAAGUCUGUAACUAAGUGCAAAGGUCUUAUGCUAAGUCAUCGACCUCCCUUAUAUGAGGAGGUACUGGUUAAGCGACGUCAUAGAGCUUUCUUGGUCUAAAGUUUUGAAAACGCUUUUGAACUGUUUUCUUAAGAGGCUUUAGAACAUGCCAUACCGUUUGAUAAGGAAGCGACUGUUUGCAAUGGCACGCAAUCCCACUAGCAUUUACUAAGCAAAACACGCUUAUCAAACUAAGGAAAAGUUUGUAAUAAUACACAAACCCGUUUAUAGAAAUGUGUCUUCAGCCGAUGCCUUCAUUUCAUCUAGCUUUUGGAAUAAUACCAGGCCAUGGAUCGGUGGAGCAUCGACGUGGAUCGGCUGAGGGGGUCAGAAUUAUUGUUUGCACCGGUGUCGUGUGGAGAAAGGUGGGCUUUGAUGACCAUUUAAUGCAAUAAUUAUCCAACGAUGACUAUAUACAGGCAAGCAAGCCCUCUGUUAGCAAUGCAUGCUUAUCAACGGGGACGCAGCCAGGAUAUAGGGGCUGUUUUUGUCACGUUUGCGUCAGAUAAAUCACCAACUCUUUCUUAAAAGUUUUGAGACGUUCUGGUAGGAAGAUAGCUGGCAUCAUCAUUGCGUGUGCGCGGCUAAGCGGUGUUGCGGCUGAGACUACCCAACCAGCACAAUUUUCUGUGCUGCCGUGAAUUGAGUGGAGUUGCAUCGCAGCGUUGAGUGAAUAUUUCAGUGAACAAGAGCUGCUGGAUUGUCGACCAGUCUGCAGGAUGGCAGGUCAAGAUGCGUGCACAGAGCUGCCUCCCUAUCUAAGGAUGACGACGAAUAAAUCCAACCUUCAACUGCCGGAGAGGCCCGGUCGCGCAAGCAUUAACUGUCGUUGCGCUCGAUGGUCAAACUGUUGGAAAGGAAGACAUCUGUCAGUCUCAAGAUAACCUUACAUUUCCAUCCUACUCGCAUGCAUAGGGCAAUUUUGGCUUGCUGGUUGAAUUU